AUGGUAGGUUGCCAACUUUCACUGCUCCUGCUGUUGAUCGUCAACGUUGAUGUUCUGCAGGGACAAGUCGUGCAAGGUUGCGUAUAUCAUUACUCAGUCAAUCGAAACAACGUCACUAAGCCUGCGUGCAAGCAAGGCGAGGUGUGUAUCGAACUGGGCGUGAAGAACUUCACCGUUUACGUGGAGGACAACUGUGUAAGUGUGUAAUGGGGAUGGGGAGACAACCCGAAAACCAGGGGCGUAGCUAAGAGGGGAGGCAGGGGGUACUCCUCUCCGGGGUAGAAGAACAAAAGUGGUAAGUGGGGACCAAGGUAAUUUUCAAAAUUUUCUGCACAGUGACUCCCCGCGGGCCAAAAAAUUUUGGUCAGCUACGCCCCUGGCAAUGACAAAAAAUGGCAAAUAGCCUUUCUUGCAACCACAAGGAAGUCACAUUUUUCGCGGACGAACUUUGGAACGGGACCUAGUAGAUGUCAGUCAUGAUGCGCCUGCGAUCAUUAGACUGGUUUCCAAGUGUGUUCACGGGGCUUCUCGGCCAAGCAAAUCGACCGCAAAAUUUAGCCGAAAUGCGCAACUGCAGGUGAAAUAAGCCCUUUGAGGGGGCUAUUCGCUCGUCUCGGCUUAACUUUGCGGUCGAUUUUCUCGGCCGAGAAGCCCCAUAAGCACAUUUGAAAAACGUUUUCUGAUCACAGACGCUUCACGCUUCAAACCCACUAAGUCCCGUUCCAAAGUCCGUCUGCAAAAAAUGUAACUUCCCUUGUUAGACAAGUUAUUCUGGGAUUUUUUUCAGGAUUACUUUAAUCCGUUCGAUUACAUGAGCGUUGUAUCGAGUGAGUUGUGUGUUGCACGGUUUAUGUACAAAUUUAGGAUACGAAGGCGGACGAUUUUACAAGUAUGAUAAGGUGCAGCGAAAAACGGGCAAACGUUAGUAAGGGUUUCUUCCCGCCUUGGUUUAAGUUCUUGUUGUUGAGCUAAAUAAGAUAUUUUAGCAACCUACCUCCUCUUACUUGGUCUUCCCGCCACCAGAUCCCAUCCUACCAUGAUCCGCAGUUCUUCGCGCAGCUUUUCACGAACAGCGUCGAGAUUGUCUCAAUGGGGUAAGUCCGAAAAAACCGGAGCUUAACGACCUGCGUUGGUGGGUGAGCCUAAAUCGCUGCUGAAUUUCGGCCAUAAUUUUGCAGCAGGCGACUCGGUGAACUUUAUGGUAAAGACCUUCAUCGCAUCCAAACAACACUGGAUUCCAAGUUGAGCCUUGAUGAAGUGAAGCGCGCCUUUGUCUACAAGGAGUACCUGUUCAUCAAUCCGACGAAAGCCGUCGACUUUAGAGUUCUCUACGAGCAGAAGGGACCCUUUGACGGCGAUAUAAACAGACCAGGACUCCUUGUGGAGCACAAUGUUGGCCUGAUCGACCCCAAGGACAUCCCCAACGAACACAUUGACAAGAAUUUCCUGCGUCUGAUUCUCAAACAAUGCUUUGUAAGUUUGGGAAAAGCAAUAUGUAUUUGUAACCAGCCGUGCAGUGUCUGCACGCUUUAUGACAAUACUGACCACUGCAGCCUAUGUGUAUUUUCGUAUUUCAGAAAACCGACAAAUACUGUUCGUUGGAUAUCAAAACGGAAUCCUUGGACCUUCAAGAUUACCCAGUUGCGUUCACCAACGACGACCUGGUUCUGGAGUCCUUUUGGUUCCAGUAAGUUCGCCUGCUCCGAUUUUUGGGAAAAAGUUCCUUAUUCUGGCCACAACAAAUUUACUCUGCGAGCUGCUGUCAAGCUUGUGGACUAAAGUUAGGAAAAAAGGUUUCGAUCCAGCUUGUUCGGGCUGAUUAUAUCGUCUAGAUGAUUUUUUAAGUUACUCCUAAGAAUCGAGUUGUUUUCCGACCGAAAAAAUAUUUUCUCGUCAUUAUUUUACUUCCUUUGUCAAGUUUGACACUUCGUUUGGACGAAACUCCAAAGUGAGCGGGAAACAUUUUUCUUCUACUUAUUUCGGGUAGCCGUUCGACGUUCUUGCGUUUUGAAUUAUAAACUAAAGCGUCGUGAAUUUCGGCCAAUGCUGGCUAUUUUGCACGGGGUUAUACGUUGUGGCCAGAAUCAAGAACUUUUACCGUGUUUUACGCCUACGUUUAGAAGAAACUGCGAAAUGCUUCCGAUGUACCGUAUUCGGCACAAGAAAACGGCUCCGAAGUAAGUCGGAUUUUGGGUAGGCGAAUUUGGAAUUUUUAGCGUGAUUUUCGACUUCCCCAACGUUGAGAGAAUCGUAACGCAUGGACAAAGGCUUUGGUGGAGGUACCAGAAUAGUCCUUGGUAAGUCGGCCAAACAAAUUCCUGGAAAACAACAGAAUAAAAACCGAACGCACUUUUUGGACAAGUGCGUAGACAUUUUUCGCGGCGCACAAUGCAUUCUUCUUCUAUUUGCACCGUGCAAUUGUUGUCGCGGCCCAAAAUGCGCGGAGGCGUAGUUGAAAAAAGCUUACGUCGUUUUUGUGGUGUUGCGAGAAAAGUUCGGAGGAUUUUUUCACCCUCACAAACCAAAAAUGGCAGCUAAUAUUUAGAUAUUCUGAAUCAGAAAAAUUUUGAAAAUUUUUUUCAUCGUAUGUCACACCUCAUUUUUCUCAAUUUGAAAAAUUUUUUCAUCGUAUAAGAUGUCACACCCCAUUUUUCUCAAUUUGAAAAAUUUUUUCAUCGUAUAAGAAGUCACACCUCAUUUUUUCAAUUUGAAAAAUUUUUUCAUCGUAUAAGAUGUCACACCUCAUUUUUCAAUUUGAAAAAUUUUUUCAUCGUAUAAGAUGAGAUGUCACACCUCAUUUUUCUCAAUUUGAAAAAUUUUUUCAUCGUAUAAGACGUCACACCUCAUUUUUUCAAUUUGAAAAAAGAGGGAAAAUUCAGAAAAGGGGGAGAGUUCUGCCGCAACGGUGAAAAUGCUGAUAGCAACAGAGGAAGUGCUCAUGGCGCUUGGGGUACUUCCCUCUGAUUGUGAAAUCUCUUCUGAAGAAACACUUCCUUGUAGACUUUUUUUAGGCAGUGGUCGAAAUUUUACUACACAAGACGUGGUAUCCUGCCUAUUAUCCAGCCAAACGAUCCCUUUUACGAUUUCGUCAAACAGUUCACAACUCCCGCCCCAACGACUACACCUCGCCCACCACCAACCACCACCACUCUGAAGCCCGUCCCGGCCGGUCCCGCCCCAGAAUUCCUUGAAAUCGAGGAGGAUACGGUGGAAUAUGAGAGCGACUACGUGAUCGAACCCAUAAUUGCGAAUAAUGGACCGGCGAUUUCGCGCCUUCCCGUCAUCUAUUACAUGUUUGGUUAUAUCACUGUUUACUUGAAAGGUUACAUUAUGUAA